AUGCCUUCUAAAAAAUAUCGAACAUAUUAUUCAGAAAAAGAAAAGGAUUAUACUAUUCAAGAUAUUAAAGAGAACAUUAUAGCGUUAGAACGUGAUAUAACUAAAAUACAUCAAAAUCUUAAAAGCAUUAGCCGAGAAAUCUAUUAUCUAUAUGAUGCUAUGAGAGAAUCAUCUGAGUCCAGUACAUCCAAGUUUAGUUCAGCUGAAGAAGCUUAUACAAUAGAGGAGGAACCCAGGGAAUCAGUUUUUACGCCACUUAACAAAGUAAUACAGCUAAAUUAUCUAGUAAUGGAUAAGAAAUCUAGAAAUAAUCAAUGCAAGACUGCGG